CACUUUAGUCUUUGGCUGUCUCUCGAGAUUUGUGCAUUUAAAGAUUGAAAAAAAAAUAUGAAGUACUUGUGUCUAUUUAUAUGGUUAAUCUGGUUAGUUCAGGCGAAUGCAUCUGUGGGCGAUUUGCCCACAUUUACGGACGUCUGUGCCCUGCAGGGCGAUUGGUGCACUACCAGAUGCCAAAUAGCUGGCGGACGUGAUGGCAUUUGCAACAAGAUGCAGCUAUGCAUCUGUAGGCCGCUCUAGUGCGCAUUUGAUUAGACACAAAUAUCACACAAAAACAGAAAAUUCCAAAUAGUUUUUAUAUAUUUACAAUUGCGUACGGUUCUAAUGGCAAGCGGCUUGCUAGAGCUGAGACGAAAUAAAAUUCACACAAUCAGAUCGAAA